AACAAUUAAAAAGAGUAAACUCUGAUCUUCAAGAACGAGAGAAGCAAAAAAAGAAAAUAGAGAAAAGCUUCAAUUCAAUGGCGGAAGAACAUGAAAAUCACACCUCAACCUCUCAGCAACAAUCAUAUUCUUCUGCUUCCUCUUAUCAAAAAUCUCCACAAGAACCCCUCAACAAACAAACCCAGCUCCCAUCAUUUCAUGGUUCACCCUUAUUAAAUUAUCAGAUGCUCCAAUCCAUGUAUCCUACACAGCUUCCUGGAGCUUUCAAUACACAGCCAAUCCAGGAGGAGUUGAACCGUGGACCAGGCCUUUAUGCUGUACCUAUGGGACAAUAUGGAGGGUUUCCACCAAAUACUCUAAUCCCAUUUACUUACACAGUACCUACUGGACCUAGUACUCCAGAUAAUGGGACAGUAGGUGAGGAGCAAGGUCAGAUGGGACAGCAGCAGCAGCAGCCUCUGCAGCAACAGCCUGGGCCACAACGUCAAAUAGUUGUCAGAAGAUUUCAAAUUGCAUUUCAGCUAGAUAUUUUGCUUAUUUUGAAGCUAGCUGCGGUGAUAUUUUUGUUCAAUCAAGAUGGAUCGAGACAGAGGCUUGUUCUGCUUGUGUUCUUAGCUUCGCUUGUCUACCUAUAUCAAACUGGAGCUCUGGCACCUUUGGUACGAUGGCUUUCACAAGGAAUGCAGAGGGCAGCUGCACCUCCCCAGCCACCUAGGCCGGCUGUCAGGGCAGAUAAUGUACCAGCUGCCGGAAGGCAAGGAAAUGGGAAUGUUGCAGCUGGAGAGGGACAACCUGGAGGCGAGAAUGAGAAUCAACAAGGUAACGACGUAAAUAGGGUAGGCGAGAACGAGCAUGCAGCGGAACCUGGUGCUGCUGAUGGUGGAAAUCGCUGGUGGGGUAUUGCAAAAGAGAUACAAAUGAUUAUCUUUGGGUUCAUCACUUCUCUUCUUCCAGGUUUUCACAACAUUGAUUAGACUGUACAGAUCAAAGUAGCAGUAGAUAGCAAAGAGAGGGAUAAUGAGAACUUUCCUUGUUUCCAUAAUUUCAGUGGCCAGUUACUACUGCUAACUUGUGUUUGUGAGAACAUUAAAUGUACUGAUAGAUAUAUUCUCUCCUUUUUGGUCAUAAGUUUGCAUGUCAGUCUUGCUCUCAGUUUGAUUGGCAAGGCUUUGUGUUUAAUUAAAAUGGAAAUAGUUGCUAAGA